AUGAUGGGUGCUUCCGACCUGGGCCGUAAGAAGAGUCUGAUUCGCCCCGAACGUACCAAGGUUGACAGAGACCACCCGCAAUACCACUACCGCAAGCACGCUCAAAACAUGGCAGUUAUGCCCUCGACUACUGGUCACGAUCCCAUGUUGGAAGAAGCUGAGGCUGAGGCUGCAACUCUCAGUUCCGAUGAUAUUGAGCUGAAGCAACUCAGUCAGAAAGGUCGUCCUGCAGAUGUGCCCGUGCAGAGAAGCGAGAGCCGCAAAUUGCAACGCAAGGCCACUGUCGAGGCUGCCGAGGAAAGGAAAAAGAGACAAAAGCAAGCUGGUGCUACUCCACCCACACUCUGGAGCACUUACUGCCAUCUUAUCACCUUCUGGUGUCCCAACCCUGUGCUCAAAUGUUUCGGCAUGCCUGAAAAGGCUCAGCAACAGGCCUGGAGGGAAAAGAUGGGCCUGAUCAGUAUCAUUCUUAUGAUUGCUGCCUUCGUUGGCUUCAUCACCUUCGGGUUCACCGCAACAGUUUGUCCCGCUGGCUCAUCAUCACGCUUCCGUGUCAACAAGGUCGAUUCCGGCUAUAUGAUCUUUCAUGGCAAAGCUUAUGACUUGACAAGAUCAAAGCAUCCACAAGCUCGAGGCAUACAGGCAGGUCAAAAUGUACUUUGGGAUCUCUCUAUGCCAUAUGGAGGCAAGGACGGUAGCUUCAUGUUUCAGAAUGUCAACGGAGCUUGCAAGGGCCUCAUCACUGCUGCUCAGGGCUCCGACGUCAAGACUGACAGUGAUGGCAAUCUGGCAUGGUAUUUCCCGUGCAACGCUUUCAACCAAGACGGAUCGAGCGAACCAAACUUGACCAUUCCCUACUAUCUUGGCUACGCCUGCCAUACUUCAAAGCUUGCCCGUACAAACUUCUACGACCUCAAGUCUGGAGGCGAUGUUUACUUUACUUGGGACGACAUCAAGAACUCAAGCCGCAACCUCAUGGUGUAUGGUGGCGAUGUUCUUGAUCUCAAUCUCCUCCGAUGGUUCAACACCUCUCAAGUUUCGUAUCCCUCAAGAUUCGACGAGAUCCGUGAGAAUGCUAACGUCAGAGGCACUGACAUGAGUCUUGCAUGGUCCUCGGGUCAAGACAAGAAGAUUGCAAAGUGUUUCCAGGACAUCAUCAAAGUUGGUUCGAUUGACACUGAAACCGUUGGCUGCAUCGCCUCCAAGAUCGUUCUUUACGUUGCACUUGUCUUCAUUCUAUCAAUCGUCGUCGCCAAGUUCGUUCUUGCUCUCGCCUUCCAGUGGUUUCUUUGCCGCAGAUACGCCGCCGACAAAACUGCUUUCAGUGGCGAUGAGAAGAAGAGAAAUCAGCAGAUUGAGGAAUGGGCGGACGACAUCUACCGUCCAGCUCCUAAGAUUGCUGAUUCUGUCGCGAAUAGCAGUGAGCGUGCCAACAAGAGAGGUAGUUUCCUUCCCACCACUUCCAGAUUUACCAGUCCUUACGCCAUUGAACGAUCCAUGGCGCGUUCACGCCCGGCAUACACUACAAUGGCAAGCCAGAGCUCAACUGCGCGCCUGAUCCCUGGCGCGAGCGUGUACGGUCAACCCAAUCGCAGCGAGAACACUUUACAAGAGAGCCGCGCAAGCCUCAUGGUUCCUAAUAGCAGCGAGAAGAGAUAUUCUAGCGUCGUGGAGUCUGACGGACCUGGUCCUCACGGGUUUAUUCACGAAGCUGUUGUGCCUCAACCUCCUCCUGAGUGGCAGCCGUUCGGAUUUCCCCUUGCACACGCUAUCUGCUUGGUCACUGCUUAUUCCGAAGGACCCGAAGGCAUGCGCACUACUCUUGAUUCUGUCGCCACAACCGAAUACCCUAACAGCCACAAGCUGAUCCUCGUGAUUUGCGAUGGUAUCAUCAAGGGCCAUGGAGAGACCAUGACAACCCCUGAGGUCGCUCUGAGCAUGAUGAAGGAGCACACCAUCCUUCCUGAUGAAGUCAAGCCUUACUCUUAUGUUGCCGUGGCAAGUGGAUCUAAACGACACAACAUGGCCAAGAUUUAUUCUGGAUUCUACGACUAUGGCGAGGACUCCGUCAUCCCGAUUGAAAAGCAGGAACGCGUGCCCAUGGUGAUUAUCGUCAAGUGUGGCACUCCAGAGGAAGCAACUCAAGCAAAGCCCGGUAACCGUGGUAAACGUGACAGUCAAAUCAUCCUCAUGUCAUUCUUGCAAAAGGUCAUGUUUGACGAGCGUAUGACUGAACUUGAAUACGAAUUUUUCAACGGUAUCUGGAAGAUCACUGGCAUUUCCCCCGACUUCUAUGAGAUUGUUCUCAUGGUUGACGCUGAUACCAAAGUCUUCCCUGACAGUCUGACCCAUAUGAUUAGCGCUAUGGUGAAGGAUCCCGAAAUCAUGGGUCUGUGUGGUGAAACCAAGAUCGCCAACAAGAGAGCCAGUUGGGUGUCAAUGAUUCAAGUUUUCGAAUAUUUCAUCUCACAUCAUCAGUCCAAAUCCUUCGAGUCCGUUUUUGGUGGUGUCACCUGUCUUCCCGGAUGUUUCUGCAUGUACAGAAUCAAGGCACCAAAGGGCGAUCAAAACUACUGGGUGCCAAUUUUGGCCAACCCCGACAUUGUCGAGCAUUAUUCCGAAAAUGUCGUCGACACCUUGCACAAGAAAAACUUGCUCCUUCUUGGUGAAGAUCGUUAUCUCUCAACUUUGAUGCUGCGAACCUUCCCCAAGCGAAAGCAGGUCUUUGUUCCACAAGCUGUGUGCAAGACCACUGUCCCUGAUGAGUUCAAGGUCCUUCUCUCUCAAAGAAGAAGAUGGAUCAACAGUACGGUCCACAACCUUAUGGAGCUGGUCCUGGUCCGUGAUCUUUGCGGCACUUUCUGCUUCAGUAUGCAGUUCGUUGUCUUUGUCGAACUGGUUGGUACACUUGUCCUUCCAGCUGCCAUUGCUUUCACUUUCUACGUUAUCGCUGUUGCCAUCAAGGCUGCCGUUGAACAUACGACGAUUCCGGUCAUGUCAUUGGUGCUUUUAGCGCUGAUUCUCGGUCUUCCUGGCGUUCUCAUCAUUUUGACAGCCCAUCGCAUCUCCUACGUUGCGUGGAUGCUCAUCUACCUCCUCUCCCUUCCAGUGUGGAACUUCAUCCUUCCAACCUAUGCUUAUUGGAAGUUCGACGACUUCUCUUGGGGUGACACUCGCAAGACGGCUGGCGAGCAGACCAAGGGAGGUCAUGACGAUGCUGAGGGCGAAUUUGACAGCAGUAAGAUUACCAUGAAGAGAUGGGCUGAUUUUGAGCAUGAGCGACGCAUGAAGACGGGUGGUACCAACUACAAUUCGUCUGCACAGGGAUCGUACCCUUAUGAGUCUGGCUACGAAUAUUGA